UUGUGUAGUUUCAGUAAUAUAUUGAAGAAUUCCACUUUGCUUCGAAGCUUUAGCUUUUAACAAAAGAGCAACUUCUAAGAAGCCAAUGAAAUGCGGCGGCUUUUCUUGGUCUUACUACCAUGGCAACACAAUGUUAGGUUCUGCAGCUCUCGAAAUUAUUUUUUGUCUCUUGACAAAAGGAAGAAAUGAGUCCUUUGACACGCCUUGUCGGUAUUGGCUGGCGGGUGUCUUUCACACCAGUCUCAAUCAAGAGCUGCGGGCAUUCAACACACAAUUGGACAGCUUUGCAAACGCGUCCUCUAUAUUUGUAGCGAAUUUACCAGUUAAUUUAGUUUUGAGCAACGAACCUCGAACGCAACAACACGACAUGGACCUGGUUCGACAUCAAUACGUUUACCCGCAUCAUCAUCCGUAUCGCCUGGGAGGUAUGAGAUAUGGAGCCGUAUCACCUUAUCAAGUGGUGACCAUCCCCCGUUGCACCUGCGAGUGUUACUGCGAGAGGAAUCGAGUGCAGUUUGUCGAAGGUGAAUCUAGGAACUUGUCGGACCCCGCUAGAGAAGGACGAGGCAGGGAUAUGGAUGACCUUAAAAACGACUUUUGCCACGACAAAACAGGCAGGAGAAACCGAACCACUUACAAAAGAUGGCAGAUCGAUGAACUUGAAAGGGCGUUCUCUAUUAAUCCAUACCCGACCAGUGUAUAUAAGAAGACUCUUGCACUAAGGCUGGGUCUUAGGGACUCGCGAGUUCAGGUUUGGUUUCAAAACCGUCGAGCAAAAGCAAAACGGGAAAGGCAUGGCUCGACUGAAUGUUACCCCAACGAUACAGAGGCUGAACUCACGGAAGAGGAGCAGUCAGCCGACACAGAACAUCCGGUUGAUGUUGAAGAAAACAAAGAACUCGAACAAGUAGAUGUCGAUUGAGUCUGUGGUUCUCUUUUACUGCAUCUAAGACCAGGCUGAACUAGGUUUGAAUCGAAGUGAAUUUGUUAUAUCUUCGAUUUAACAAUACUGGGGCUUUGUCCUGUUUCAGAGAGUGAAGAAUAUUUCUACUGAAACAAAUAAAAGUGGAGGAACUAGAUGAGAACCCUCCUGGAGACGGUUAAAAAUCUGCCACAUUGCAUCAAUCUUGGCUUUAUGAAUAGUUCACAGACUUCUCAUAGUGCUAAUUUGUCAGCUACUAAUAAUAAUACAACCAGAUCAUGAUGAACGUGUUAUGUACAGGAGGUCUGUAUAUGGGAGAAUCUUGACCUCGGUCGUGAGUACAGACCGAACGCAGCGAGGUG